AUGCAUAACGCACUUGGGUUUCGACAACGGCUCUUGCGUUACGCGUUGCGUAACGCACCAAGUACAACGGAACGGAUAGCGCGUUAUGCGUUACGUUGUAGUUAUACAGCGGAGUACAGUAUCCAAAUGAACAAGGUAGCUCGCAACAACUUGCGAGUCAAGUUAGGCGACCUCGUCAAUGUCCACUCUUGCCUCGACAUCAAAUACGGCAAACGCGUUCACAUCCUCCCCUCCGAUGACUCUAUCGAAGGUUUGAGCGGCAACAUUUUCGAGGUCUACCUCAAACCAUAUUUCCUCGAAGCUUACCGCCCCGUCCGAAAGGGCGAUACUUUCCUUGUCCGUGGAGGGAUGCGCACAGUCGAGUUCAAGGUUAUCCAGCUGAGUUUUGCAUUGUUGCCCAAGACACCGUUAUUCAUACGGAGGGUUGACGAGGAGUCCAACCUUGCGGAUGUCGGUUACGACGACAUUGACAGUUGCCGCAAACAGAUGGCACAAAUACGGGAACUCGUUGAACUCCUUCGCCACCCGCAACUCUUCAAAUCCAUUGGUAUCAAGCCUCCCCGCGGUAUCCUCAUGUUCGGUCCUCCCGGUACUGGCAAAACGCUUAUGGCCCGCGCUGUGGCAAACGAAACUGGUGCAUUUUUCUUCCUGAUUAACGGCCCCGAAAUCAUGAGCAAGAUGGCUGGAGAAAGCGAAAGCAAUCUCCGAAAGGCGUUUGAGGAGGCUGAGAAGAACUCGCCGGCUAUCAUCUUCAUCGACGAAAUCGACUCGAUUGCGCCUAAACGUGAAAAGACGAACGGAGAAGUGGAACGCCGUGUGGUUUCCCAACUUCUAACUCUUAUGGAUGGACUGAAAGCUCAUUCCAACGUUGUGGUCAUGGCCGCCACGAAUCGACCGAAUUCCAUUGACCCCGCCCUUCGUCGAUUCGGACGGUUCGAUCGCGAAGUAGACAUUGGAAUUCCCGACCCUACUGGUCGUCUCGAGAUUCUCCGCAUCCACACCAAGAACAUGAAGCUUGGGGACGAUGUAGACUUGGAACAGAUUGCUGCUGAUACUCGCGGCUACGUUGGAUCUGAUGUUGCAUCGCUGUGCUCAGAGGCGAUGCAGCAAAUCCGUGAAAAGAUGGACCUCAUUGACCUUGAUGGGGACACGAUUGAUGCUGAGGUUCUCGAUUCGCUGGGAGUGACGAUGGACAACUUCCGCUUCGCAUUGGGCAUUUCAAAUCCAACUGCUUUGCGGGAAACUGUUGUCGAAGUACCGACCGUCAAAUGGGACGAAAUUGGUGGCCUCGGAAAAGUCAAGCUCGAGCUGGUUCAAUGCCCCCGUCGAACAUCCAGAGAAGUUCGUCAAGCACGGCUUGUCUCCAUUCGAGGGUGUCUUGUCCUAUGGCCUCCCGGAGAAUCGGAAGCCAAUGUCCAGGACGUUUUCAACGAGGCCCGCGCUGCUGCCCCGUGUGUCAUGUUCUUCGACGAAUUGGACACUAUUGCCAAGGCUCGUGCGAUGGCCUGA